UUUAGUGGGCUUUAAUGAUAAAAUAAAUAAGAAAACAGUGAAUGUACAUGCACAAAACCACAAAAAUGCCUUUGUAGAAAAUCCCAUCCCUAACACUCUCAGUGUUGCAUGUGCAGCUUUCUCAAAACCCAAACAUGAGGUUCUUACGCGCUCGCACCAACGUGGCUAACAAAAACAUUCUUCCAGUCACAGAUUUCAGCGGCUUUGAAAUACUGACCAUUAGAUGACGGGAGUGUGAAGCACAAGUAUUGAAGUCGAGAGUGAAACUGACAUGCAAGAUGACUAUAUAUGGUCCAGCAAUACAGUCUUUUACGGUCUGUGUAGUCGCCAUUGAACCUUAAGAGAUACGGACACUGAGCAAGCAGCCCAUCAUACUUCAUGGACCUCUCUCUGAAACCACCCAAAUAAAUACUCCUCCACCUACAUCUUCCUUUUCGUUUCUUUCGCUUUGAUUGCUGCAGUCUUUUCCUUUGCUUUCUCGGCUGAAGAAAGGAAAUCAAAAUCAUGGCAGGAACACUGGGGAGAAAUCUUCAUCUCUGCUUUACAAAGAGCAAGCGUCCGCUAGAUCCCCAAUCAUCUUCUCCUCUCUUAGAUUCACACGACCACAGUAAUCCACUUGUCAUAAAAAAUUUUAACUCUCUCUUUGACUACACCUUUGACUCCGCCUCUAAAUCACCGGCUCCAUCCUCCUCCUCCUCCUCCACUGAACCUGACUUCGCCACCAUAUUCGCCUCCCAACGUUUCUUCUUCUCCUCCCCAGGCCGCUCCAACUCCAUCGUUGAAUCUACACCCUCCAUCGCUACCCCUACAGAUUCAUCUGGCUCGUUGUUAGGACUAAAGUGUAAUAAUGCUGCGCCGCUUUCGGAAACCGGUACGAUGAAUAAUGAUCAAUCCGAUGAGUCGUCCUUAGAAGCGUUGAACUCUGACGCCGUUAAAGACAGUGUAGCGGUCCCUACGUACUCGCCGGACCCUUAUUUGGACUUCAGGCGAUCCAUGCAGGAGAUGGUUGAGGCACGCGAUUUGGUGGACGUGAAGGCCAAUUGGGAUUACUUGCAUGAGCUUCUGUUGUGUUAUCUUGCGCUGAAUCCUAAGAGUACCCACAAGUUUAUUAUUCGAGCUUUUGCUGACCUCCUUGUUAGUCUCUUGGCGUCGCAGCCAACAGUGGCAGCGGAGGGAGAGUAAUCUGGACGCCGGAGUUGUAAGAUUUUUGCGGCAAUACAUGUAAAAUGUAACGUGGGUUGUCGGAUAAUGAUUGGGUAAUCUUCUUACAUUUGAUUUGGCAAUAUUAUUUUUAUGUGGGGAGCUAAAGUUGGCCCUUC